AUGCAUUUGCCCAAGGGCACGAUGAUGGAGCCGGACUGGGUGCCAUCUUAUAACCCAUGGGAGCAACGCCUCUGCACCAGCCCUGAUGCGGAUUUCUUCCUAGGCUUGAAGACGGGGAAGACCUUGCACCCCGAUAUCAUCGUCACAGCCACCGGUCUCCGCCUCUGCUUCGCCGGAGCGGUCGCCAUGUCCGUCGAUGUGAAAGUCGAUUCCUCCAGUAAAUACAUCUGGAAAGGGAUGAUGGUCCAAGACCUCCCCAACAUGGCCUUCCCGUCCGGGUACCUGCACUCGUCCUGGACCCUCGGCACAGACGCCACAGCCGUCAUGGCGUGUCGUCUCAUCAAGCAUAUGCAGGCCCAGAAUAUCAGCGCGCCGGUUCCGAGGCUGAGCCUUGGGGGGAAGGAGGACAUGGAGGAUAACUCGUGUCAGAUGUCAAGUACGUAUAUGAGGCAUGGGAAGAGCGCGGUGCCGGAAGGGGGGGGGGUGGUAGGGGGGCGUGGUGGUCGAGGAAUAAUUUGUGGCAGGAGGUUAUUGCGGCGAGGUGGGGGAAUUUGA